GUCGUUCGGGGUGGGAAAAGUGAAAAAAUAGCCUUAAAGAUGAAAAGUUUCAUCUUGACGAGUUUUUCGUCGGUUUAAAGUUGCAAUUUUUACUGGAAAAAGUUUGACUUUAAUGGUUGAAAAGUUUUCCAAAACAGAACGGACCCGGGCUCGGAACAGGAUUAGGUGAAAUCGAGCAUGGUCGAUCGUCGGGAAUAGUGGAAAUUUUGGUUGAAGGCUGGCGAAAAGUGUGAAUUCUGUGUGUGAACGGGCUAGGAUUUUUCCUCCCAAAAAUUGCAAGAGUGGGCUCCAUCAUCGUCGGUUGGGCAGCCGUCGACAUCGCGGGGCUGGUAUUCAGCCUCCAGGAUUUUUUUGUGCUGCUGCUCCGCUGUGUGGUGAUAAAAGUUAGACAUUUUAUUUGAUUGGGAUGUGAAAGUGAAUGUGAGAGUGAAAUAAUGGGAACUGCGAAAAAAGGAUAUCUGAUGCAGUCUGCCAGAAUGAUGGCAGCGCGAGCGCCCUCCUAAGGGGGUUGGGAUGUGAAAAUUUCUGCUUAAAGUGGUCGGAAAAAUGGUGAUUAUUUUCUGCGAAAUAUUGAUUGAAUGAAACUAAGGGCAGGGAUGCGUGAUACGAUGCCAAAGGUGUUGGACAGUGAUACGGAAUCGGAGAUACCAGUCAGUAUUCAGAGUAACAACAAUAGCGAGCCGAAUACGGAUAAUGAGGAAAAACCGGAAACGGACGCCCUUCCUGUUGGAAGGACGUCACUCCCAUCAGCAGUGGAAAAUGGAAACAUCAGCGAUACGGAUAGCAUCUGCAGCAAUCAGAGCAAUACGCGAACGUUGCCCAACGGAAAUUCUUCCCAAACCUCCGGACCAAGUCUUCCACCAGUCAGACCACCAAGCCCGCCAUCAGCUACCGCCAAUGGUAAUAGCUCUUCCAGCUGUGCAUCCAACAAUCCGAACAACUGUGGCAACUCUAGCUCCGGCAGCAGUAGCAGUAUCACCAAUCCGAAUCUCAACCGUGCCGCGGCGGGAACUCCUGUGGCAGGAGCUGCUGAUCGGGUGAGAAAGUACCGACACCAGAACUUCAGCAAGAACAUCUACAUCGGCACGAAGAAUGCGGAGAAAUGGGACACCUUGCGGAAUCUGUUGCAGUUCAAGAACGAUGUGGAAUUUGUAACAUUCCUGCUUCGGCUGGCGGAGAUGGACGAUCGAAAGCGGAAAAAUCGAAUAGCCAAUGGAUUGAAUGGUGACUCAGAUUCGCUGCAAGAUGUCCUGCCGGGCGUCCUGGUCAGUAGUAAAAGCGACCAAUCGAAUGGAAAACCUAGCACUAAGAAAACCAAAAGAGUACAAUUCCAGGAAAGUGUAAAUAUAAUCAACGACAACAAUAGCAGUAGCAGCAUGCGUACCUCUGGAGGUGGGGCAGGGAUAUUCGACUUCCACGAAGACGAGGAUGACAAUGAAAACGGACCAGGGGUGGAGUUUCGACGCAGACGUCCAAGGUCUCAGCAGCCAUUGAGAUCACCCUUACCGCCUAGCGAGGAUGGCCACAGGGAUGAGGAUGCUGCAGCCGAUGGAGGCGAUGAAGACGAAGAACAGUUUAUUGUUCAAAAUAUUAUCAAAAAGAUUCCGGGAAGGGUCGGCCAGGGUGGCAACGAAGUUCAACAGGACUCCAUUAGCAGUACAAUGGGAUCGGUGUCGGAAGAUUCUUUACAUACCGAAACAGAAGUGUUGGACUACCGCAUUGCGGAGAAAAUUAAAACGGAAAUGGAGGAGAAGCAAAAGCUCGAACGAAAGUCGUUCGGGGAGGACAUACCGUCGACUUCGAAUUUUUCUGAGCACUCUGAUCGUCCUUCGGACGACGAAGCGUACGACAGUAAACUGGACAUCAAAAAGAUCGAUAUACGAAAAGUGCCGUUCGAUCCGAAGCUUGGAACGAGUAGAAAAAUGAAACGGGAAACGGGUUCGGUUGAUCUUCGUAUAGAAUACGAAGAGCAAGAAUAUCGACCGAUGACUCCAGAAGAUCGCAAGCCUCUGCUACCACCGCCCAAAAAGCCUAGGAAAGCACCAACAACGAAAAAUAAAGCCUGUACAGGAUGCGGUUUGAAACACGGGACCGAUCCAUGUCCACUGAACACGCCGUUGGCAGUGAUAAACAAUAAAAUCGAGCUUAAUGAAUGGAUUGAACAGAAUGAAGACCUUAUUAAAAAGCAUAAAAUUGUGCUGAAACCUGAGAAUCCAGAAGAGAUGGACGAUGAGAACGAAGACAACUACGAUGACGAUGAGGAUGAUGACGAAGGUGAUGAGAAUGAUGAAAAUCAGUUUGAAGAAAAACUCGAUAUAAUUCCUUCAUUUGCGGAAACCUCACUUCCGUCGGAAUUCGAACUUCGAUUAGCACCGUUGGCAACGACGAUCAGCACAGUUACAACUGCCAACAGUACAAACACUAGUCAACAAAUGCAGAUUGAUGCCAAUGAGUCAUCAUGCUCCUUGGCAGCAUCCCAAUCUGGCGAGCAACAGCCUCAACAGCUUCCUCCGCCGACAGCAACGGUUACCAAUACGAUCAACCAUGGACUGAGCAUUUACACGAAGAUUUUCAUUCCGAAAUAUACCCAACUUGGACCUGUUAUAGGGCUCGUGGCCAAAGAGACGGAAAUCCAAGACGACUGCAAUAUGCGGUAUAUCUACGAAACUUUCGAUGGGACAAAGUCCACCUACAUCAACAUGGAGAACAAGAACCAGGCCAACUGGUUACGGUAUCUGCGACCGGCUCGGCACCGGGAUCAGAAAAAUUGCGUGCUGAAAGUGCGCAACGAGCAGAUUGUGUUCAUAACUUGCGUGGAUCUUGAAGUCGGUAGUGAACUGCUGUACUGGAGCGAGGAGAGCAAUUCGGCUUGGGGCAAGAAGAAAAUGGAAAAAACGAAUUGUGGUGGAUGCAACUUGAAAUUUGAUCAUCCCCUCUAUUACCGAACGCAUUGUUCGGUGUUCCAUGAUCCAGCGUUCAGUUUGACCAUUCGAAAGUACCAUUGCAAAGUGUGCGGAAUUGCAGUGCUGGGAAAGGAGAACAUUAUGAAACAUGCAGAAAAGAUGCAUGAUGGAAAAGGAGCUUAUCAGUGCCAGUUUUGCUCGAAGUUCUUCCUACGUCUGAACUAUCUGGAGAUGCAUCGAACCUAUGGCUGCAGUAUGAAUCCUCAGCGAGCGCGUCCCUUGUGCGACUUCUGCGGCCGAAAGUUCUGCCAACCGCAGAAGCUGAAAGUUCACAUCAAACGCAUGCACAGCGACAUGGCCGAAGUGUUGCGAGAUUUCCAGUGCAAGCUAUGCUCAAAACUACUAGGUUCCCGUGCAGCCCUUCAGCGUCACUCCAAGGAGGUGCACAGCCGCAACUCUGCUGUGGUCAGUUGCCCACGGUGUCAGAAACUGUUCCAGAACAGAAGCAACCUGAAGAUCCACAUGUUGACGCACUCCGGAGUGAGGCCUUUCAAGUGUGCUGAGAACGAGUGUGCGGCAGCGUUUACAACGAAGCAGUGUCUCCAGUUCCACUACAAGAAGGUGCAUGGAUACACACAGGAGCAGAUGCCGAAGAUCGAGCGCAGUGUCGCGUACACAUUUGAUGCUUAUUCGGGUGGUAUGAAUGAUGGAUUGGUUGAUCUUCUUACAGAUGGCCUUCAGCGCAGACAGCGUAGGAAGCUGGAACCAGGCGAAGAAGGAAGCAGCGAGAAGCGAAAACGGGUACCGAAGGAUCUUCCUGGCAGCAUUCUCAAAACGAAGAACAUCUUGGAGUCGUUUAGUGAAAUUUGCAAAAACGACAGCAACUUGUCGUUGUUGUCGACAAAAAUAUCCUCGAUUCUAAGUGGAAAUCUCAAGGACUUUGGGAAGGUUCCUACGGGAUUGCCCGGGAUGGAUGGCGAUGGGGUUCGAAAGGAAGAAUUGGAUGACGACCUGGAUUCGAAUGAUUGUGCCGAGCGUGACGAACGUUUGGAGGCGAUCCAACGGCAUCUGAAUCAGCCUUUGUCGGAUGAGAAACAUGAAGAGUUCAGUCAACUGCACUCGCGUCUAUCGAACAUAUCAGCCCAGAACGAACAGAAUGCAAUGCACUACAAACUGCCCAGCUGUGAGGACGAGAAACCAAUGACGGACGGAGAUGGUUUCGGGGAUUUGAACUCACUAACGUCAAGUAAUCAAAAGUAUAAAGAAUUUAUGAACGGCGGUAAUCCGGGAUUGGUAAUAAGUAAGGGUAGCAAAAAGUGGAUAAGUGAUAACGGUCAUAUGCAAGAUGAUAACAAUUCGGAGAAUAUGCUGGCGGCAGCUGCCAAUAGAGAUUUCUUAACGAAACUGAUUAUGAAUGGAGGAAAUGUAGGGCAUAACACAUCGCAUACUCAGGUGGCAGAUGAUGACGAAGAUGACGAUGAUAACUCAACUAUUUUGGAUGUUGUUGACUCGAACAACCAAAAUCAACAGAACCCUAAUGUACAAAAUCAGCAACAGUCUCAGCAACAACAACAGCAGCAGCAACAACAAUCUCAGUAUACGUCAAGCUUUGCUGGUUUGAAUAACUCCUUACCGGAUUUGCCAGCAUUCCAAAACCACACUUUCCCAACGCAUUUCAAUCAUCAAUCGUUACUGGGAAGUUUCUAUAAUAACAACGGUGGAGUAACGGGCCGUAACGCUAUCAAUACGAUACCUACAUCGGCUAGCAUGCUGGUAGAAGCAGCUUUAAACUCGGUGAGUAACAUCAUCAACGAAGCUGAAAUGAACAAUAGUAGCAACGAAAACCAAAAUCUUCACAUGGACAUCGAUGGAAACAAUACAGCAUCCGCUGAGAACAACUUGCAAGCGAAUUCCUUCAGUACGGAAGAAAUGAAUUCUUCGGUAGAUGAAAUGAAAAUGAUGAAGCCGCACGGUUUCCCAUUGCCGAUGAACUCAAUGUCUCAGUUUUCGACGCAGUCUCCAGACGAUGCUAGUAUCAUACAGGAGCGCAACGAACUAGAGGUGCGGCCUAAGUCGCGGGACAAGUUAACGAACUAUGGCGAUGGAGAGAUGCUUGGUUACGAUGAUCAACCUCACCAGCAACAGCAAUCGCAGUCAGCACUACAUAAGCAUACUCCAAGCGUAGACUCAGUGCGUAGUGCAUUGUCUCCUGAUCAAAAUGACUUCAACUAUUCCAACUCAAAUGGAGCUCAAAGGCAGCAGCAACAAGCUCAGCAAACUGCUACAAACUCGCCAGCACGAUCAGUUUCACGACAAAUCUAUGGAGAACAUGACCUUAUCUCACCCGCUUCCACUCCAUCACUACCGAGAUACGAUUUCGGUGCGGAUAACAAUAGUUACGCUCGUCGACAGGAAAAGACCAUCAGCUCAUUGGCAUUGGAGAACUUUGAAGCAAAUCUGAAGAACCAGCACCAUAUGCAACACUUAUCUAGUGACGAGGAUAGCAGUAUUGUGAUUGCUGAGAACUUGUCCGUCAGCGCGAGUAGCAACGAACCGAAACUGAAGAUCACAAAUCCAACUUCCGGUGGAGACUUUAUUACGCCGAAUGCCGGCAGCGGAAGUAAUAAAUAUGAAUCGGUUCGGAACAGUUUAGGGUCGGAUUUGUCAACGGAUCUCAGACUGAAAUACAACUCUGAAGCCAAUGUGGAUCUUCCCGAUUUUCGUUCCAGUAACGCUAUGAAUGAAACUUCGGACUUCCAAGGAUUAGAUAUGACUUCUCGAACCGGUCUUUCUUCGAGUUACUCACAUAGCAAUUUCCAGGUACCCUCAAGUGGUGGAAAUCUGAAUUUCAACCGGUAUCACCACCACAUCUACGACAUUCUCAACGAACGAGAGCAGCAUCAGCAACAACAGCAGCAACAGCAACAGCACCAACAACAGCAACAGGAAUUCCAACUGCAACAACAACAGCAGCAGCAACAAAUGCAGCAUAUGCUCCAAGACCAUAUCGGUCAAGACGCUGAGUCGGAACAACCAGCUUCUGUUGAUCUAAGUCGUACAUCCAAUUACCUAGUCCCAUCUCCUCCUUCUCCUGCCAUUCCUUACUCUCAUCCCCAUCCUGAUAUGAUACGAAUGGUUUCACUGGAUCUCAGUGCGAAUAGUGGAGGCAACAUGAUCGUAGGCAACACCCCUCAUCAUGUCCGUCAUCCAUCGUUUUUGUCUUCUCAAAUACAGCAUUCUAACCGCGACUCACUUCCCGAUCAUCAUCGGCUGUUGGCUAGUGAACAGCUGGCCGCAACAAACCAUCGCCUGUUAGUCGAUCCGGCUGCGCACUUGAUCUUCGAACAGAACAAUCGUCUUCUCGCGGAAACUCCAGGACCUGCGCCUCCUCCUCCAAGGCACGUGGUCUCUCCUCAACGAGGUUUUGGAGCCUACCAUCAUCACCAUCACCACCAAGUCGGAUCGUCUAACUAUCAUCAUCAUUCGGUCAAACAGAAUCUCACAUCUCCUCCCUUGAAUCAACACGCUUCAGCGGCAGCGAAUUACCAUCCCUUCCCAACCUACUACUAAGCCUAGAGAGUCACAAGAAAUUCACCCUCAAGACAAACCAGCAGAACGUGCCGGUCAAACUAACGAAUAUUAUCUGAGAAAAGUACCCACCAAAACCUGUAAUGAUAUUUGUAAAAUGAUAACCGAGAACGAGUUUCGGUAUACGAAAAACCACAUUGUUGAAUGUCUCUAUCGAUUAUGAAUAUUUGUAAGAAUAUCAAAAUAUGUUCUGCAGCGCAUGGGGCUUAUCAAUAUUAAUUUUGGCGGGCGAGCUGCUAGAGCUAUAUUUUACUUGUUUUAACUGUGCAAUCAAUUGUGUUUUUGUAAUUGUAACAAUCAAUAACAGUUCUACUUUAAUUCGUUAUUGUAUCUAUCUUUAACGCAUAAAAAUCAAUCAAAACUCUUACAAAGUCGAUUUCGCGCAAACUAUUUUUCCGUAACUAUCGCAUAACAAAACAUUAUAAAUGUUUUUCGUCAUACUUUUGUUUUCUCUCUAGCACGAAUUGAGAAGCAGGAUGCUUUCCAACAGCUGGAAAAAAUCUUAUCGUAGUUUGUAAUAUUUAUUAUGAAUAAAUUAGACAGAAUAAAAAAUACUAUCUUACCAAGAUAUACCAAACCAUACACAUACAAACGAAUCGAGAGCAUUGUGCCAAAAUAACAAAGAAAUUCAUAUGACAGUACGCAAAGAGUGUUCUUUUGUUUGUUUCUAGUCAACCAAAAUCAUCAGUCUUGUCAGUCAGUCAUUUUAUUAGUAGUUGUAAAAUCGAUAUUUAUAAAAUAGAUUGUAACAAAAAAGGAAGCCAUCGUAUGUAUCUGUGUAAUGAAAACCACAAUAUACAAUGAAUAGUGUUCUAUGUGACAAUGGCACAAACCACAAACAGCAAAACAGACAAAUUAUACCCAAAAUACUUAUUAAUACAAAAUGACGUCACAAAAUCGAAAAUUAAAAUCAUAAACUCCUUAUAAACUGUUUCAACGAGGCACUUGCUAGCUCACAUUCUGACCAAUAGUGACGAAGCAUUAACCAUUAACAAAUGAAUAGUAAACGUCUAAUGGUUUACGUUGAGUCAGCAGUACUCAGAAAUCGUCGUCUAGAGCGACGAUGAGGACGAAUGUCGAUAGAACACAACAAGGACUUUACGCAACUUACCAACCUAGAGAGAAGAUAACCCAAUAUUAUCUCUGAAGCAAACAUAGAUUCAAGAUGCAAAUUAUGACACAACCACAUCUGGCAUAUGUAUGAUACGAGGAAAUUAAUAAAGAAAAGUGGAUAAAACAUAAAAA